GCAAUGGGCUGAAGAACCCUAACGGUUGCAGCAAUACUGAGCAGAUUGGAAACUGAAAAGGGACAGAGGAAAUCGAAGAUGGUGGGAUUGCCGUACGAUUGCCUUGCGAAUCCACUCGGAGCCGUCCGAUUGACCUUCGAGAAGGCGGUGGCGUCCGGCUCCGACCCCGCCACACUUGACGGGAAGGACUGGGGGGCUGGCGAGCUCUUCCGUCAGUUUCUCUUCGAUGAUGAUGGCCUCUCUCAGGUGCCCAUGCUGAACCAAUCAACCAUUAAAUGGGUUCAGCCCAACACUCUUGUUCGCUUCCGGGGGAUGAUACAAGACAUGUUGGGCAAUGAAUACUAUGUUGGUGCUUACAAGGAUGGAGAUAUGUGGAGAACUAAUAAGUUUGCUGAUACUUCUCGGUGUCCUAUGGAUGCUUCAUCUGAUAUGCGAAUUUGGGAACGACGAUUGCUUUAUUGUGUCCCUAUCCCAGGUCAAAACUCAUGGGUUGAAUCUUCUCAUGAAGCUGUGAGAAAUUCUAUAUCUCCGCAAAGGGAGAAGCGGCAGAGGGAGGACGAUGCAACCAUGUCUGAUGUAGAUAUGGUGGAGCCAGGUUAUGCCCUUGAGGAUUCUCCAAAUCCUAAAAAGAUGCGGGAGGAUGGAAUGGCUCUUGAACCAUUAGGCUUGCAGAAGAUUGUAGCUGAAGGAAACUUGUCUACUUUGAGUUUGGUUCCUGAUGCAGAAACAAAUUCUCUUCCCUGUCUAGUAAAGAUAUAUGACUUUCCAGAAUCAGACUUGAAGCUAAAUGAUGUUUUUGAGUUUGUAGGCAUCUUUACCUUCGAUCCGGAUCUUACUGUGGAUAGAGAUGAUAAUGACGAACUCACGGAUAACUUUUGUGAAGAUACAUUAAUUUAUUUGCCUUCUACCAAGGUGCCUCGACUUCAUUGUGUUGUACAUCGGAAGCUUAUUGGCACUGAUUUUCUUUCAAAUCCUCAGCUGGAGUUAACACCCUAUGUGAUAAAAGAAGUAAGGGAAGCUCUUCUUGGACACCUUACAGCUGUUCUUGGAAAUGACAGGGUGGCAGCUCAAUACAUGUUAUUGCACCUAUUAUCAAGGGUGCAUGCAAGAAUAGAUUCAAUUGCUGUUGGGAAGCUGUCUUUAAAUCUUACUUGCUUUAACAAAGAAAGCAUAUCUGUUUUCGGGAAUCAUCUUAAACUUGUGAUGGAGAGCCUUCUACCUUUCACACAAUGCUUGCCUCUUACAGUGGAUUACCUUAACACUGUUUCACUUGCUCCAAAGAAGAAUUACCAUACAAACAGGCUGGAGUGUGGGAUUUUGCAGUUAGCCGAAGGCACACACUUAACAAUUGAUGAGACAUCAUUACAAACAGGUACCCUUAACUCAAAGGGGUGUGAAAAUGCACGAGUACUGAAAAACAUGAUGGACUCGCAAAAGGUUGAGUAUGAUUUUACAUACUAUAAAAUGGAGAUGGCUGCGGAUGUUCAACUGCUGAUCCUCUCUGAAGGGAAAUCGAAUAUCCUGCCUGCUGAUCUGGUUCUCCCUUUUCGUCCAUCUUCAGUGGACUCUGCUUUAGGAGUGGAUGGAGAAAUGCUGAAAGCUUGGAGAUGGUAUUUAGCUACCAUGAAAUCUCUGCCGCAUUCAAUUGAGCCACAUAUGCAGAAGGCGGUAGAAGAUGAUUUAGUUGCUGCUCGGCAGGCGGAUAGAAGCUUAGGCAGCCAAGAAUUUAGUAGAUGGCUUACCAUGGGGCGCCUAAUGUCGGUUAGUUUUGGGGAGACCUGUUUGUCAAUGGAACACUGGCAAAUGGUGAGAGAACUUGAGAGACUCAGGAAGGAGAGACUUCUGGGGAAUAUGUGAAGCAUUAGAAGCAGAUGACAAAUGAUCAUAAUGUUGUAAAUUCUUCUAUAACCUAAAGGACUUGGUAUUAACCUUGUUAUUUGUGCACAGAAGGAAAUGCUCCUAUAAGAACAUUAUGUUCAGUCAUUGUCAGUACCUUCAUCAAAUACAGCAAUCUGAGGGGAUGAUCUUGUUCAGAGCUUGGAGAAUUCCGACGUUUUGUUGUAAUAUUGUUUGGUCUUCCCUCUUAAGUUGUCGAGGCCAGGGUUUGCAAAUUGCAAUGUAUGUGGAAUGUUGUGAUUGUAGAGAGCAGUUUGGAUGUCAAAUUGCAAUUAGACCAUAUUUGAAAGUUUUCAGAUUAGAGGUCUUAUUCCUAAUAAUAUUUGUAGAUACUUUAAUAUAUAUGAGCCCCUCUAUUAUCCUUUGUCA